UUAUUAAACAAAAGCAGUUGUCUCGAUACCAAAACCGCGUAUCUCACCCCGCCUCCUUUUCUUCGCGUCCCCCGCCUCGAUCCGAUCGGGGACGGGUCGAGGGGCAGGGGAAUGUCGUCGUCGUCUGCGUCAUCUUCGGCGGCGGCGCACCACCAGCAGCAUUACCGGCGGCAGACAGGAGGGAGCGGUCUCGUGCCGCUCGCCGCGCUCAUCAAGGAGGAGGCCCGCACGGAGCGCCAAUCCAUAGCCGGCGGCGAAAGCAGGAUCUCCGCGCGCGACGAUGACGCGGCAGGAGUAGGAAGCUCCGGCGUAGGAGGGGAGGCGGCGGAGGCGGCGGUGGAGUCGCGGCUGGAGCGCCCGCUGCUGCGCUAUGGGUGCGCCGCUCAGUGCAAAAAGGGCGAGGACUUCUUUUUGCUCAGAACGGACUGUCUUCGUCCCGCCAUCUCCGUCUCCUCCUCGGCCUCCCCGCACCCCAUCUUCGCCGUAUUCGCUAUACUUGAUGGCCAUAAUGGUAACGCAGCCGCAAUAUACACAAGGGACAAUUUGCUCAACCAUGUCCUUAGUGCUAUGCCACGGGGGCUGUCCAGGGAGGAGUGGUUGCACAUGUUGCCCCGAGCACUGGUUGCAGGGUUUGUUAAGACGGACAAGGAGUUCCAGAGCAAAGGGCAAACUUCUGGCACCACCGCUACAUUUGUGAUAAUUGAUGGGUGGACUAUCACUGUUGCCUCUGUUGGUGAUUCUCGCUGUAUUUUAGAUGCUCAGGGUGGGGCUGUUUCUUUGCUUACUGUGGAUCACAGACUAGAAGAAAAUGUUGAGGAGAGGGAGCGCGUUACAGCAAGUGGAGGUGAAGUUGGAAGACUCAGUGUUGUUGGUGGAGCAGAGAUUGGUCCGCUACGAUGCUGGCCUGGAGGUCUAUGCUUAUCAAGAUCCAUUGGAGAUAUCGAUGUUGGCGAAUUUAUUGUCCCUGUUCCAUAUGUGAAGCAAGUGAAGUUGUCAAAUGCUGGAGGAAGACUUAUUAUUGCUUCAGAUGGCAUUUGGGAUGCAUUAUCCUCAGAAGCCGCUGCUAAGUCUUGCAGAGGUUUGCCUGCUGAGCUUGCCGCAAAGCAAGUUGUUAAGGAGGCACUCAGGACAAGAGGGCUAAAGGAUGAUACAACUUGCAUUGUUGUUGACAUAAUCCCACCUGGUCAAACAAUACGGCCUCUGUCUCCUCCUAAAAAGACGAGCAAGCUGAAGUCUUUUAUUUUUAGAAAGAAAGCGAAGGACCCUUCUCAGAAGUUGACUAAACAGCAUUCAGCUGUUGGUAUCGUUGAAGAGAUAUUUGAAGAAGGUUCAGCGAUGCUAUCAGAAAGGUUAGGUCCUGAUUUGGAUGGCAGGAGAACCUCAAGCCUGUUUACAUGUGCCAUCUGCCAGUUAGACCUGGAGCCAAGUGAAGGCAUUUCGGUGCAUGCUGGAUCGAUCUUCUCUUCGACCUCCAGGCCAUGGGAAGGCCCAUUCCUCUGCUCGGACUGCCGUGAGAAGAAGGAUGCCAUGGAAGGCAAACGGCCCAGUGGCGUCAAGGUUCUGUAGUAUACAGCAACCGAUCCUUGUAGCUGCCCGAAAAAUCCCACCCUUCUUAUUUCCUUUUCUCGUGAGGACCCUUUCAAAGUUUUACAAUUUGUUUCCUUUAAAUUCGGAUGAUUUUAGGAUGCGUCUUAUUUUGCGAGGAAAUAGCCAACUAUGUAAGUAGCUGUUGGCAAAAGGAAAUGUGAAGCGAGCGAAUAGGGCAUCCCUUCAUUUUUCUUUCUCUCUUCCAUUCGGAAUGGAUGAAUAGGGUUGCCUUCAAUUUUUGUUCUCUUCCAUUCGGAAUGGACAGACAGUAACUCAGCUCACGAGUAAUGACAGCUAACAUAUUCUUUAUUUGUAAC